CGGCAUCGGCGUCUCAAAUAAUGGGCCCGACUGGCCGAUCGGGCAGCGUAACAUGGCAAACGGGCAACUCCAAAGCACACCAAACCCUGACCUACCCUUGUCAGAUCGUCCGAGUUCCCUGACAGGAAAGAGAACCGGAGCGUGCAGUCUGGCAGUCUGGCAGCCAGUCACUCGCGCACUCGAUUGUCUGAUAUAUCCCCGGUCUUAUCCCAGAUUGUUGCCCACCUUUUCCCUCCCCUUCAUGAUGAGCAUUGGCCCCUCACUGAGGCUGUCCGCGACCACAAGGAGACUACUCGGCAGCAGCUGCAGCUGCAGCAUCUCAACGUCACCACCAGCUCCUCGUCGUCUGGGCCACGGGCUUCCCCACCGCCACAACCACCCACGGCCCAGCCCUGUGUACCGGCUCGGCUUUGUUUUCUCCAGGAUGGCAUCGACACUGCCUCGACUGCCCGUCUUCGAGGCAAUCUCGGGCCAUGACCCACACUCGACCGUGGUGGUCCACUCGGCAUCCCAGAGGACCUUCAGGUACGGCGAGCUGCUCGGCGAUGUGUGCCGCAUGCGCAACCGGCUGCUUGAAGCCGCAGGGAGGGACGACAUCCACGGCGAGCGCAUAGCCUUCCUCGUCGAGAACAGUUACGACUAUGUAGUCACAUGGCUCGCGGUUCUGGCAGCCAGGGCCAUAGCCGUGCCGCUGUCACCAGCGUUCCCAGCACCAGAACUGCAAUACAUUCUAGGGCAUAGCGAGGCCCUGCUGCUGCUCUCGUCGGCAAAGUUCUCCGCCAAGGCUGAGGAGACCCUCGGCCUGCCCCUGGUGUCGCCGCCGAGGCACGUGGAGAUCCCUAAGCACCCGGGCUCGUCCCUGCGCGAGUCGAUAUCUUUGCAAGGUGACGACCCAGGCGAGGCCGGUAUGAUGCUCUACACCUCGGGCACGACCAACCGACCCAAGGGCGUGCUGAUCCCGCAGUCCGUCAUGACCGCUCAGGCGCGGUCCCUGCUCAAAGCCUGGGAGUACUCACCUGCGGAUCGGUUGCUGCACGUGCUCCCGCUGCACCACAUCCACGGAACCAUCAAUGCGAUUCUCGCCCCUCUUUUUGCCGGAAGCAGCAUCGAGUUCCUCUAUCCUUUUAAUGCGGACGCCGUGUGGAAACGCUUCGCCGCUCCUUUCCUGCACGAGCACGAGCAGCACGCCGAGACGAACGGCCGAUCCGCUGAGAACGGUGUCAAUGGCACCACUAAUGGCGUCAACGGCCACGCCCGUGGCAAUGCUACUACGAAUGGCACCACCAAUGGCAACAACACUCACUCAGACGGGCCACAAGAGAAGAUCACGUUCUUCACGGUGGUACCGACAGUCUACUCCCGCUUGCUCGCCACCCACAAAUCGCUCUCGCCACGGAUGCAAGCCGCCACCCGCGAGGCCAUCUCCCCGGCCAACCUGCGCCUGUGCAUAUCUGGGUCCGCGGCGCUGCCGACGCCCGUCAAGCGCGCCUGGAAGGACCUCUCUCACGGGAACGUGCUCCUGGAGCGCUUCGGCAUGACCGAGGUCGGCAUGGCGCUCUCAUGCGGGCUGGACUUUUCCGACCGCGUCGACGGGUCCGUGGGAUGGCCUCUGCCCUCGGUCGAGGCCCGUCUCGUGGAUGUCGACUCGGGCGAGGUGAUUGCCCACGGCGACGAGACGGACGCCGAGGGACGCGAGCGCGCCGGCGAGAUCCAGCUUCGCGGGCCGACCGUGUUCAAGGAGUACUGGCGCAACCCGGAGGCCACGGCAGCCGAGUUUGUGGCUGACAAUGCCGGGGGUGGGAAGUGGUUUAAGACGGGCGAUGUGGCGGUGCGGCGGCCGGUGCCGACGGCGGGCAAGGCGGCGGACCGGCUGCCGAGCCAGGACUGGACGGGCUCGUCGGACAUGUACUUCAUCCUGGGCCGCAAGUCGGCCGACAUCAUCAAGUCGGGCGGCGAGAAGGUGUCGGCACUCGAGGUCGAGCGCGAGCUGCUGUCGCUACCCGAGGUGGCCGAGGCAGCCGUGCUGGCUGUGCCGUCGGGCAAGUGGGGCCAGAAGGUCGGCGCGGUCGUUAUCCUCGAUAAGGAGGCCGGGCCCGAAGGUGGCCGCUGGACGCCCAUGGAUAUGCGCCGCGCGCUCAAGGGCCGCCUCGUCAACUACAAGAUCCCGCAGGUCCUACGCGUCGUCGACCACAUCCCGCGCAAUGCCAUGGGCAAGAUCAACAAGAAGCAGCUCGUCAAGGCCGUCUUCCAGGACGACUUCAGCGGGGACGAGAUGUAGGACCCGGGAUGGCCAGUUCUGAGAUCGUCGUGGGUGAUGUGAAAGGGGGUCAAAGACAAGAUAGAGGAAGGCUGUUGCCAGAUUUGAUGACAACUGUGGAGACUAUUGUACUGUAUAUCAAACACCACUAUAUAGGGGGGUCGCAUCAAGGCUGGUAUAGAGAAAACAAGCUCAUAGAACCCUA